AUGAGGCAAGGAAAGACCGAUACCCCUGGCCUGGUAGCAGCCAUCGGGCGCUUCUGGCAACGGUCGUAUGCAUCUGACUACGUUGGAUUUGCUCUGCUUUUGACGGCAUAUGCUUGCACCGAAGUCUUCCUCGAACCGGUCCACCAGAUGUUCCGUCUCGACAACCCAGCGAAACAGUAUCCCUAUGCCUUGGUCGAGCGGGUUUCGCCCGGCGAGAACGUCCUGGUCGCUGCAAUUGGUCCAUGCGUCCUUCUCGUCAUCUGGGCCGUUGUGAUGCGACCAGGACUUCAUCAUGCACACGUUACGAUCCUUGGACUUCUCAUUAGUCUCUUCUUGACCGCACUACUGACGGAUAUCAUCAAGAACGCCAUCGGCCGCCCACGUCCAGAUCUGAUUGCCCGCUGUAAGCCAGAGGCAGGAACACCCGAGCAUGAGCUUGUUACGGUUGCGGUGUGCACCGAGACGAGGCACCGUGUUCUCCACGAUGGGUGGCGGAGUUUUCCAAGCGGCCACAGCAGCUGGGCAUUCGCGGGUCUGGGAUAUCUGGCUUUGUUCCUGGCAGGACAACUGCGUGUCUUUCGACCGCAUGCAGAUCUAGCCAGGAUUUUGGUUUUCCUGGCUCCGUUGACCGGAGCUGCACUGAUUGCGAUGUCGCGACUGGCAGACUACAGACAUGACAUCUAUGAUGUUACUUGCGGCAGUCUCUUAGGCAUGUCAGUGGCCUACUUUACAUAUCGGCGGUACUUUCGUCCUCUCAGGCAUCCUAAAUGCGACGAGCCUUAUCCGAGCAGGGCAGACUAUGCUAUGGCAAGAGCGGCAAGAGCGGCUAAAGCUGGCCCCAGAGAUUUGGAACAACAGUUGGCCGACGAGUUUUCGUUGAGUGACCAGUCGGAGGACGAAUCCCAAUCCUAUCUCUUAACAGAGUCCGCGCCUACUAGGACAAGGGAACAGGUUGAAGCGGCAGAGCCACCAUAG